AUUUCUAAAAAGGGGACUGACUGACAAAAAGGACGACAACACCGGAAUGAGGAAACUGACGAGGGCAAGCCAUGUGCAAAACAAACUUGUGCAUCGCUGAUAACCAGACAACCUGAUGAACCGCAGGUCACUCGGCUCAAGUCUCCAGGAGCUGCUCCGCUGUUCCCGUCUCUGCCCGAGAGAGAUCAUCCGAAACACAGCCUGCCGAGACUUUCCCCCCCACCGCAUCCAGUCGUCAUGUCUUUUCUGCUCAUCACAGUGCUGUCUUCACUCGUGGUGCACGAUGCGGAGUCGUGGGGCGCCAGCGUCAAGUACGCGGUCAACUGCCCGGACAGAUGCAACGCGGAGCGGUGCGGCGGGACGCAGCGCUGCACACGGACCGUCCUGGACGACUGCGGCUGUUGUCAGGUCUGUGCAGCCGGCAGAGGGGAGCACUGCUACCGCACGGUGUCGGGGAUGCACGGGGUGAAGUGCGGACCCGGAUUAUUCUGCGAGUUCUACAAGGACGAGGACGAUUAUGGAGACGAAUAUGGGAUUUGCAAAGACUGUCCCUAUGGCACCUAUGGGGUUGAGUGCCGUAAGACAUGCAACUGCAAAGGAGGCAUCUGUGACAGGGAGACCGGAGCUUGUCUCACCCUCACCUUCUUUGCCAAAAUUGCCAGCAAGCUCAAGACUGAGCCCCAAGCAGGGGCUGAGGUGGGCUCAGGAGAAGUCAGCGCUGUGCACAACUCAGAUCAGCACUCAGACAGAUCCACGGCUCCAAAGCGACUCAACCCUCGCUGACCAGUGCUCACCAGGCUGAAUCUGCUCAGUGUAAAUGUAGCAUUAACUUAUAAAUGAAGUGAAAGAUAUAUUUUAUUAUGUUAAAGGAUGAAAACAAAUUACUUUUUUACAGCAUUUGGAAGUUUAAUUCGGUCCCCUUUUUUCCUAAUGGAAUAUGCAGACUAUGUUAUUCUCCUUGAAUUCUCUCUUUGUUUUUUAUCAGUUUCUAGAGGAAGGGAAUUAAAAUGAUCCUGUAGUCAGUUCCCAUUAGUUUCAGUGUAAUUUAGUGUGCCUUCAUUUAUCAUUGUUAAAGACAAAGGACCUUGCAUUUAUUUCCAAAGUCUACAGCAUAUUUUUAAUUGAACCACUUUAUUUCGGAUUUUUUUUUUUUAAAAUUUGUAUUGUAUAUAUGAAAAUCCAACAUGGACAAUAUCAUGUAUGUUACACCAGCCAUUGUAGAGAAUGCUCUUGCAAUUAAACCAAAGUUAUCUCUGA